AUGCUCGGGAUGCUCGGCAGAUAUCAGAAGGAGGAACACAACGCAUGCCUAAAACCCAAAGACCUUUCGACCUCCACGGAUAGACGCGCAACCGCCAGCUUGUUGGGUCUCGUACUCCUCGCAACUCUGAGCAAGGCGGAGGACGUCACACUGUUCCAGCCUGCGCUUCCAGCACCCACAGAAACCCCCGUACUCGAGAAUUUAGGCACUUUCUUGGGAGUCGAGCCGGUGGAUCCUACAACGACCGAAACGCUGGUGGACCCUAAUAACCCAAUGACUGUAACAUGUAGGAUUUCCGGUCUUCCCCUUAAUUCCUUCCGCGCGGACGCGACGCAGCACGAAUACGCUAUCGAGACACUGACUCUGACUGACGGCGGGUACAGGGUCUCCGAGAGGAACUGCACAGAUGCGGAGGACGGGAACAUCUCCUGCGUUCACAAGAUCGUCCAGAGUGUCCCUGACCAGCCGCUUACGACUUUGUACGACGUCACGUAUGGUGGACCAAAGUCGGCAUGGCAUACAAUUGAGAAUGUCGAGACGUAUGAUAUUCCCAGAGCUACCAGCAGCGCAGGGGAAGACGACGAUGACGAUGACGAAGACGACGAUAAGAGCAACGACGACGACGACGACGAUUCCGGAGCAUCGGGCAAGAUCCUUGGCUUUGUAGCGCUUGCGGUGGGAGUUGCACCAGGACUUUUGGCUGGUGUAGCGUUGCUGUGA